CCCCAAGAGAGACUUCAUCCGCCCCAACCACCACUCCCACACGCACAAGCCUUCCCAUCCCUCCCCUCUCCUCCAUCCUCCGGCCAUCCAUCCCCUCCAGCAACCCAACCCAGAACCCACUCCACUUCCCCGGUGAGGCUGAGCGAUCCACCACCACGGCAACGACGACGACGGCGACCAGCCACCGCGCGCACGGUGGCAACAGGUUUGUUCUCUGAACCCUUUCUCGUAGAAGCCAAGCUAGGAAAAAGGAGGCCUUUUUUUGGGAGCCUUUCUUGCUGCUGCUAUUUGAUCGAGCAAGCAAGGAAGUGUGACCGGAAAAGAUCGGAGCUUUUAUUUCGAACGGUUCGUCUUCCUCGUUCCUUGCAAGUAGGGAGAACAGAGAUCCGGAGAACCUUUUUUCUCUCCUGGAUUAGUUCCUGUCUGUUCUUGUAGAGCUUUCUGAAUUCUUUUAGCUUCUUCUUUUGUUUUUUUAGCAAGCUAGAAAGGGUCGUUUUUAAGCCCCCUUUCAGCCUGCACCAACCAAACCAUUGACCCACCAUCCUCCUGUUCUUCGCUUUUAUUGAAGAAACAGGCCUUAAUUUUUCCCAAUUUCUUCUUCUUUUUCUGCUAGUUUCAUCUCCAGUUCAGUUCUUGCAAACCAAAAAAGAAAAAAAAAAGAUUCGACCUUUUCCUCUUUUUUUCCUUUACAUUUUGCCAAUGGCAGCCAUAGAUUUGUACACAAACCAGCUGAGCUCCUCGUCGUCGUCCUCCUCGGACCAGGAGCUCAUGAAAGCACUCGAACCUUUUAUCCGAAGUGCUUCUUCACCCACCUCCUCCACCUCCACCACCACCUCUCCCUUCUCCUACUCGUACCCCUACUGCUCUGCUCUGCCUCAAGAUUCGUACUACCUCCCCGCCACAUCCUCUUACACCUCCUUCCCGCCACCACCUCCUGCUCCCACCGCCGCCACCUCCUUCUCCCAGCUCCCGCCUCUGCCGCAGUCCUCGUCGUCGUACGCCUCUCCGGCGGCGGCGUCGUACCCGACGUCGUCGUCGGCGGACGCCGCGUCGGGGCUGGCGGCGCUGAACCACCUGGGCCCGGCGGCGCAAAUCCACCAGAUCCAGGCGCAGCUCUUGGCGCAGCAUCAAGAGCAGCAGCAGCAGCAGAGGGGCCUGCUGGCGGCGGCGGCGUUCCUCGGCCCGCGGGCCACGCAGCCCAUGAAGCACGCCGGUGCGCCGUCGGCGUCGUCCGCGAAGCUGUUCCGCGGCGUUCGGCAGCGGCACUGGGGCAAGUGGGUGGCGGAGAUCCGGCUGCCCAGGAACCGGACGCGGCUGUGGCUCGGCACCUUCGACUCCGCCGAGGACGCGGCGCUCGCCUACGACAAGGCGGCCUUCCGCCUCCGCGGCGACGCGGCGCGCCUCAACUUCCCGUCACUCCGCCGCGGCGGCGUGCACCUCGCGGGCCCGCUCGACGCCUCCGUCGACGCCAAGCUCACCGCCAUCUGCCAGGGCCUCACCACCGCCGAGCCCGCGUCGUCCAAGGCCGCCGACACCGACGCCAGCACCACCGCCACCGCUGCCCCAGACUCGCCCAAGGCCUCGGCGUCCACGACCACCACGGAGGGCGACGAGUCGGUACACUCCGCCGGCUCGCCUCCUUCCUCCCUCCCGGCGUUCUUCCAGCCACCGCCGCCGCCGCAGCAGCAGCAUCCCGAGAUGGUAAGCCUGGACUUCACGGAGGCGCCGUGGGACGAGUCCGCCGCCCUGCACCUCAACAAGUAUCCGUCCUGGGAGAUCGACUGGGACUCCAUCCUCUCGUGAUCAAGAUGAACCCAACAACAACAACAACAAGCAGAUGCUCAAUCACGCGCGCUGUAAUUUUUGUCAAUGGAUUUAAUUAAUUAACCGUGGCCGCUCCGGAUCCGAUGGAAUAUUAGACAUCGGCCGUAGCGACUACGAGUAGGGUUUAAGGAGUUCGUCGGACGUAGAGGACAGGGUUUAAGCUCAUCAAGAUUUUCCAUUUAGUCGUCAAUAUCAUUGUUAAGAUUAUUCGUUAGUGUCGUCGAGUGUCUCCUGGUUGCUUGGCCGGUUGUUUUUUCUCUCCCGGCAAAGGCCAGUUGAGGGUGUGAGUGUAAUGGAGUAUCAUGUAACUACUGUUGGCUAGUACUGAAUUCGAAUUUGCUAGUCAUUACAAAUGUUUGUCUCUGUUUCCA